UCUUAACAUUUUCCUUUACAGAUACACAUGCGUAUAUAAAUUACGUAGCGUUGUUUAAGGGAUUAAAGGAGAGAUACCGGCACAUACGCGUAGUCUUCACCGGUCGAGAGGGUGCCGGAAAGACGACACUCUGUGGCCGGGUCAAGAACGAAGAUGUCGACAUAAAGUUGCGUAAGCCAACUGUGGGAGCUGUUUCUCAUCCUUCUUGGUUCUUAAUUGACUGGAAAUCCAAAGAAUGGGGGUUAAAUACUGACCAAUCGCCCACGAGCGUGAUUCAAACACGUAUGGGUGCAUUGAUGAACAUGGAAACAUUAGAAAGAAAAGCUGGUUUGCAAGCAGGGUCCCAAGACGGCUCAUUCGGAUUACCUUUGUAUGAAAACCCUGCAGCAGACGCAGAUAAAACAUACCGCGAAUCGUUGGAAGUCAACUUUGCUUCAUUUGAGACCAAAGCUGAUGGAGCGUUUCUAUCUCUGUGGGAUAUGGGUGGACACACGUCAUUUCAAGCUUCACACAAUGUGUUCAUAUCAUCACAUGGUGUAUACCUUCUAGUCUUCAGGCUGACAGACUUUCUCAAAGACAAGUUGGAAACUGGUAAGUAAAUGAACGAUCCAAUUUUCCUCCUUUCAAUGCAUAUGCAAAAGUUCAAAGAUACC